AUGGAGGGGCAAGAGAAACAACAACAAGGGAAAAUUUCCAAACACAACGGUAAUGUGAAAAAGCAGCAGCAUAAUCAAGGUGGAAAUCAAAGACGGCAUCAACCAGAUCAAGCCUGCAAUGCAAAAAAUUAUAAUAGACCAAAAGAAAUUCAGGUGCAUAGCAGUGAGAGUAAUUCAACCAAGGAAGAAAGUGUGGCAAAAGUGAAGCAUGUUAGUGCAACAAAGAGUAAGACUGCAAGUUCUGGUGCAGACAAGAAUGCAGAGAAUGAGGGAGAAAAAUCAGUUACCAAGGGGAACAACAAUGGGAACAAGAUGCAACAUAUGAAUAUCAACACAUCUACAAAGAAGUGGAGCAAUAAUAGGGAUAUCAAUGAAAAGCAUAAGGUGGAGAACAAGCAGCAAGAAACAGAGUCAUUAGAGAACAAGCAACAGGAGAAUGAUCAAAUAGUUCAGGAGAUGUCUUUGGAGAAUACACAGCUAGAUAUGGAUCAUGUAGGAAAAUCAUUAACUAUUACAGUUUUUGCUUCUAAUGAGAUGCCCACAGAGAAUAUUAAAGAAAGGAACUACAAUACAGAAGAGGAGAUGGGAGAAUAG